CGCUGGGCCCGCCUCGGCCGCCGCCGCCGCCGCCGCGCCGCCACCGGUGAAUGAUCUCGGCGGCCGCGGGCGGCCCCGGCUAGCGGCCACCAGCUACUUCUGCGGCUGCCCACGGGAGCGAAGGUCGCCGGGCCCGUGUUGUCCUCCCCUCCGCCCCCUCCGGAGGGGCGAGAGGGCGCCGCGGCUGUGGCAGACAUACACUUUCAGGAAAUGGCCUCUAAAUCUUGGCUGAAUUUUUUAACCUUCCUCUGUGGAUCAGCAAUAGGAUUUUUUUUAUGUUCUCAGUUAUUUAGUAUUUUGUUGGGUGAACGGGAUGACACUCAACCUAAUAUUCUUCAUAAUGAUCCUCACGCUAGACAUUCAGAUGAUACUGGACAGAAUCAUCUAGAAGGUCAAAUGAACUUCAAUGCAGAUUCUAGCCAACAUAAAGAUGAAAACACAGACAUCGCUGAAAACCUCUAUCAGAAAGUUAAAAUUCUUUGUUGGGUUAUGACAGGCCCUCAAAAUCUAGAGAAAAAGGCCAAACACGUCAAAGCCACAUGGGCCCAGCGAUGUAAUAAAGUGUUAUUUAUGAGUUCAGAAGAAAAUAAAGACUUCCCUACUGUGGGAUUAAAAACCAAAGAAGGCAGAGAUCAGCUGUACUGGAAAACAAUUAAAGCUUUUCAGUAUGUUCAUGACCAUUAUUUAGAAGAUGCUGAUUGGUUUAUGAAAGCUGAUGAUGAUACAUAUGUAAUACUAGACAACUUAAGAUGGCUUCUUUCAAAACAUGACCCUGAACAACCCAUUUAUUUUGGAAGAAGAUUUAAGCCCUAUGUGAAGCAAGGUUACAUGAGUGGAGGAGCUGGGUAUGUACUAAGCAAAGAAGCCUUGAAGAGAUUUGUUGAUGCAUUUAAAACAGAGAAAUGUACACACAGUUCCUCAAUCGAAGACUUAGCACUGGGAAAAUGCAUGGAAAUUAUAAACGUAGAAGCUGGAGAUUCCAGAGAUACCACUGGAAAAGAAACUUUUCAUCCCUUUGUACCAGAGCACCACUUAAUCAAAGGUUUUCUACCCAGAACUUUUUGGUACUGGAAUUACAACUAUUAUCCUGCUAUAGAGGGUCCUGGUUGCUGUUCCGAUCUUGCAGUUUCUUUUCACUAUGUUGAUUCCACAACUAUGUAUGAAUUAGAAUACCUCGUUUAUCAUCUUCGUCCAUAUGGUUAUUUAUAUAGAUAUCAACCUGCCUUACCUGAGAAUAUUCUAAAGGAAAUAAGUCAAUUAAACAAGAAUUAAGAUCCGAAAGUAAAAUUAGGAAACCGUUAAAAAAAAUAAACAAUGAAUCCAGGUAAAAUGGUCUAGCAUUGCACUGAAGAAGGACUUUGCUGCAUUUCUGACAUAAAACCCUGAAAUCCCACUGAGGAAAUCAUUCUUCUAACUGAACAUUCCAUUUAGAAAUCUUUCAAAUGAAUGACUGCAAACUGAAGCUUUAAGUGAGCUGUGAAGUCUGUUAAAAUGUGUUUUGAUACAGUAAUAUAUAAAUAUAUAUGUGAAAAAAACUUGUGUUUCUAAAAUGGUAACAGAUAGACCAGAAAAGAGAUUUUUUUGCCUAUUCCCAACCAUGUGUAUUAUUGUCACUGAGAAACUAAAACAGCUAAAUUUGCUAUACCUGCACUGCAUCAUGGUAGUAAUACCCAAUGCUAAACAGAUCUGCCUUAAAGAAAUUUUUAGAAGGAAAUAUUGCUACUCAAUAUUAUUUAUAAGUUCAUUUGCAAUGUGAUAUAAAUGAAUGGGCCACACACACACUUACCUAAUUAAAUUUUUUCUGUGGUUAUUUGUAAUUGGCAGUAUUUCUUCAAGAAGAAGGUAGAUAGAGUAAGAAUAGCACUUUUCUACAGUGCAUUAAUAAUAACACAUUUUGAAGUUCUCAUGGGACCUGAUAUAUACUUGGUUCUCAUUAAUCCUUUUACCAAGUUCCUGUUGUCUCUUUUUUCACUGUUAACCACUCUUAAAUAUCAUUCUCCACUACUAGUAUUUAUUUACUCAAAGCUAUAAUAGCAUUCUAUAAACAUGCAUUUUCAAAUACUUUGUUUUUCAGCUUUACCCAUUGUUAAUUAUGGGUACUUAAUAAAUAGUAAAUUUAAUGCUAUUUUGGCAUGCUUUUCUUCUGUCAUUGCCACUCUCAGGAAUUACUAAGUGACAUUGUUAAUUGAUUAUUUAAACCUCUAUCCAACUACAUAAUUGUUAUUCCUUUCAUUCUCUUUCUGCUGAUGAAUGAGAACUUGUUUGUGCCUUUCAUAACUUAUUUUAAAAUUGAGUUUUAGGUCUGAGGUGGCUGUUAUGCUGGCAAAAUAUUUCAAAUGUAGAUUUUGACCAGAGUUGAUUAAAACCACUAGAAAAUGUUAUUUUCCAAAUGUUAUUAAAAUGUUACUUUAAAAAAGUAAAUGCUUAAUUUAUGAAUAAUAACCUGGAAUUUGAUGCUGACUUACUAUUUGGGGUAAUUGCCUUGCCAAUGAUAAUUCUAACAAAAAAGACAACUUAUUCAAGUCUGCUGUCAAACAUAUAUUUACAAAUAUUCUAGUUUUAGUUAUUUUCUGUUUAAAGAGUUUCUAGUGGGUAGGGAAAAAUAUUUAACUUUUGUUGUCUUCAGCAAUACUGAGUGUCUAACAAUAUUUAUCAGAAUGUUUUACAGAUUUUUCUAUAUGAUUAUUUUAAAUGCAGCAUAUAGUUUGCAUUUCUUAUGAUAAUUUUACGUACUUGGUAUACGAUUGAUUCCAUGCUUGGAUAAAUAACUUACAUUUGUUGUGCCAAAACAUAUCAAAAGCCUUGACUUCUUUGGAUAGUGUAUUUUUGAGGAUGCUCAUUUCAAUGGCUAAUUAUGGUUCCCUCUGUCCAUAUAGUGAAAACACCAAUUUACCUAUUAAAAUUGUUCUUUGUUGUUUUCAUGAUAAUGUCAUCUGCCAUAAUUUCAAUGUAUCCAUUCUUUUCUAUGAGCAACUUUUUACUAUGGUUUAGCAUGGAUUUAUCUGUGUUCCAUAUAUGAUACCCUUCUUAACUAGAAGCAUGAAUGGCUUAUAAAAUAACGUCCCUAAAAAACAGAACAUUUGCUUAAUAGGAAAUAAAUGCAGUGAUGAAUCCUGGGCUCUGGAGUCAAACAGCCUAGUUUUUAAAUUCACUUACCAGUUUGUAAUCUGGAACAAUUUACUUAAGGUCUCUCUGCCUCAAUUUCCCCAUUUGUAAAUUAGGGAUAAUAAUACUGCCUACCUCACAGGAAUUUUAUGAGGAUUACAUAAGAGACUAUCUAUAAGGCCUUUUGAAUAUUGGCCCAGAAGAAUGUAAGUAUUUGAUAUAAAUGAAUGAAAUUAUCAGAUUAGAUACUAAAGGACGUAUUUUUUACAUUUCUUACAAUAGCUAGUAUUCAUCCAGUGCCUAUUUAUACCAGGGACUGUGCUUAUUCUGUGUACAGUAUUUAAUCCUCACAAAUUAAGUAUUAUUCCCAUAAUGAAGAAACUGAGGCUUAGAGAUAUAAAGUAGCUUUUCCACUGUUACAGAACUAGAAAGUAACAUGACUAGAAUUUGUACUCAAAGCCUGUGUAUUCAUUUGUAUUAUGUCAGCUUUGGAGUUAGUCAUUCAGCACUGUUUUUCUUUUUAAACAUAUGACAUAUGGCAUCUGAUCCUAUUAGCCAGUAAUAGGGUAAUCAGUCAAAUUGUCAUAGUGAGUGUUAAAUUGUGGUUCUCAUAUUCUUUCCUGGGGGCGUGUUUAAAUGAAGGUCUUAAGAUUUCCAAGCCCAGAAGUUCUGAUUUAGCAUGGGUCCAGGAAGAUGCACUCUUGCCAGACACAACAAGGGGUAGGGAACCUUUUUCUCUCAAGGGCCAGUUGGGUAUUAUAACAUUUAUUCAUAGGCCAUACAAAUUUUAUCAAUCCAGGCAGAUAGGCUGAGGGAAGCCAGUGAAAAAUCAUAUAUGUAUCCCUCUUCAUGUAUAAAAUGAUUUUGUGGGCUUAAUGUAGCCUAUGAGCCUCUGCCUUCAAGGAGCAUAACCUGGGAACAUAUUGGAAACGGAACUCCUCUUCAGCUCUCUACCCAGACGUACCCGAUCUGAAACUCCAAGGCAGAGGUAUAUUUAAACAGGCCCUGUGUAUGAGGUUUAUUCAUCUUAGUUCAAGAACCACUGUCCAACUACCUACAUGGUUCUGGUGCAAAUAGUCUUUGGAACAUGCUCAAGAUUACUGUCCCAUGAUGAGAGGUAAAUUUAAAGACUUAAAACAUGUUUUAAAAUCAGUAGUCUAGGGUCAAACUAUUAAUUUGUCAAUGGGUCAUUUAUUUUUGCAAAAAUUCUUCAGACUUUCUAGCUAAUAUCUGUGAAAUCUGUAAUUUUCCAAGAUUAGAAAUUUCACAUCUGUCAAGAAGGGUUUAUUAAUUAUUAAUAAAUUCAUUCUUUAAUAAUGUAGGUCUCACCCCAAAUGUCAAAUUUUAUAACUUAACAAAAUGCUGUUUUACAGUAUGGCAGAAUAUGUUUUGCCAAUUCAUACUAUCAAUUCAAAUCUAUCACUUUGAAGCAUCAUUUGUUCUAUAAGAUCUAAUAAAGCAAAAAAAAUCAAAUAUUUCAUCGAGCAAAUUAAGAAAGACCUCACAGUGAUAAUUAUUUCUUUUAGAUUAAGAUCUCUGUCAUUUGGAAAAACGAUUUCAAUAUGAUCCUAAAACAGAAAUCUUAAUGUCUUAUGUUCUCUAGUAACAGUAUAUUUACAUGUUCUAAUGAGUCCAUAAAUACAUCUCUUUUCAAAUACCUUACAUUUCAGGUGUUUUGUUACUCUAGUAAAAUUAGAAAAUAAAUCAUUGACCAAUUAUAUCAUGUUUUUAACAUGGUAAUUGGACUUGAGCUUUACAUUUGUUUGCUUGUUAUUUUCAUAAUUGAUUCUUGAGUGUUGGUUUCACUUCCUUGAACCUACCAAUCUAUAUUACCAGAUUGAGGCCCUACUGUACUUGAGAGACUCCCUCACUUGUUUGACCACAUCAUCGCUAAGCCAUUAUUCUUCACUUAAAUUUCCAGAUCAUUAGAUCUUUAUUCUGUCUUUGACAAUGUCUGUUGCUUUGUACUUACUGCUUUUAUUUCUUAUAACUAAUGUUUUCUAACUACUCUUAAUGCUGUCUUUUUAAGGUUAAUUUGGCUGUUUUUAGUUAUUAGAAUUUGUAUCACUUGCUGACAAUUUUAUAUUACUAAAUUUAGGUUUCCCUAGGGGAUUAAAAGUCUUAAGAAUAAUGUCUGCUAGGGAUUCUUGCCCUACUUAAGAAACUACAAUUUUCAACUAAUCUAUGUCUACAGUUACUAAAGGAAAUAGUUAUUUGGGUCCUCACCACUCAGCUUCCUCUUGAAAACAAAAACCAAACUCAUUUGGCUUUGUUUCUCCAUUUACAUAUUAGAAACAUGUACAGUAAAUCUUGGGUGACAACCUGUGGUAUUUUCUAUUGAUUUAACAGUGAUUUGUGUUUAUUAUCAGAGUUGAUAGAGAAAUUUUAGCACAAGUGAAUUAAGAGUUUCUCCAAAUUCUCUUCAAAGAAACCAACUCUAAAACUAGUUUUAGAGUUGAGGUGUGCUCUGUUUCAAUUUUCUUACCUCUUGUUUCCAGAUUAUAAAUUAGAAUCAUUUUGCAGGACCCUACAAAUUUAUAAUCUACAGGAAGUAUGUCAUUAGAGGGAAACUAAUCUUACUGCUAAGCAGUGUAUUGUACUAUACAGUGAAUGUUUGUGUUUUGGAAUUUAAAAAUUAUUUAAAGUAAUAGUGUUGUGAAUGAUUUUUAAAUGUCUGGUGAGUUGCUUAUUUUAAGUGAUCACCAUUAAAGUUAGAAAAAUGUUAUUUCUAAAUGUUUUUUUAAAGUGCCUUUUAAAAAAUUUUUAAUGAUGGAUUUAAAAACUGCAUAAAAUAAAUUACUGUGUUCAAA